GAAUUUCGCCUUUUUUCGCGGCGAACCUACCUAUAUGAUUAUUCAAUAUUCAUACUGGCAGUGUGUCUAGCCAGGUGCGUCUGGAGGGCACAACAGCCCGGCCACGGUCCACAGAGUGCCGUUCGUUAGACCGGCGCGCUUACAAACAUAUUCGAUUUCAGCAUCACCUUGGUCCUUUCGGUCAGUUGGACUACCGGCUCUAGACCACCGGCGUCUUGCGCUGACUUCUUCCUGGCUUUGGCGGGCUGGUGGAUGGCCUUCAGGUUGAAGCAGGGCUGACCGAUGUUCCGCAGCUGACGGCUGUUGAUGUCCUGCUCCAUCUCGUGGCUAGCGACGAGCCGUGGUGCGUCAGCAAACUUGCGCCUCUCUGCGUGGGAAAGAUGAGCCUCCAGACGGAUUGAGAGGAGCCUAUAAUCAUCAAAGCUGGAGGGAGGUGCUCCGCUCCCAGUUGAGGCUGAUCAUGUCCCCGCUGAGGCGAGGGAGUGGUCCCGGGACCAGAACUUGACCGGUCUCCGCCAGAAGUCGCUUGGUGAUGAGGAUGGCGUGCCUGGCGUCCUCCUUCAAGGAGCCGUCUGAGUAGCUUGGGAGCAGUGUUCGUCCACUGUAUACGUCGCUUCCGCACAUCCAGACGACGACGCUGCGCUGAGAAAAAAGUUAGCCCUUCUUUGAAACCGGUAGGCAUUCUCAUUCUCCCUAUUCAAAUCAGACCACACGUUUUAAGUCCCUCUCUCGGUUUUCUCAGAGAAUAGCAUUCUCAGCUGAGAAUGUUUCCGUAGCGAGUCCCAAAACUGGCAUCACCAUUCUCGAGCAAAGCCAGUACGCGAACUCGCACGAGACGGAAAUUGCUUCUCACUGCAAACCAUUUUCUAUGCGUUUCUCACGAGAGUCUGGUAUCCGGUGUACGGUGGGAAGGUUAUCAAAAGCCCUUCUCACGAAAACCCAAGCUUCGGUUUCUCGUAAGCUCGAUGGAACCUCUCACGAAGUACACAUACGCCCUGCACCGUGCAGCCCAGAAUUUGGCCCAGAAAACGCACGCUGUAAUUAUACGGUAUUUAUUAUUGCGACAAAAGUAAGACCAAGCCUGCAGCAACUGCAGGCAGCCUUGGUCUUAAUAAAAACAAUAAAACAUGAAAAGCUUGCGGGGAAGCCCGAGGGCUGCCGCCCUCAACGCGAGGCCCGAGUUGCGGAGCUCCCACCAGCGACACGAACCCGCUCAGGAUAUACGCCGGACACCGAUCACCUAGAACAGGACGACAUCCAAAACUCCACCGCCAAUUCCACCAGCGCGGGCUGAGGCCGAGCCACCUGUCAACGAUUGGUGGCUCCGCCCUCGGAAGCCGUCGGCAGAAGCAAGACCACCGGCAAGUCAACCAGAUGAGCGACGGCUUACAGUAGCAGACCAUCCGCGACCGAGCGGUACUCUGCCAGAUCGAUAUCUUCCGCUGUCACUUUUCCUCGGUUCAUGGUGACCGGCGGGCAGCGGAGCGUCGAUGAUUCAUCGACUCAUCCUUGAGGGUGUCUUCGUCUGCAAAACAGUAAAAUUGGGAGCGGUCAGUACAACUUUGUCCCAUAUAUUUGAUAUGAUCUACCAAUAUAUCCGGGAUUUUAUAAUAAUAUUCUGGCUUGGAUGUCCGGAGAUAAGGUUUCCGCCUGAUAAAAAGCCUCUCUUUCGACCAUUGCGACACGUGUGCCUCACAUUGCCGCCUCCAAAUAAAAAAGCUUACUGAAUGGUCUGCGUUGCUCUGACCUCCUCAUCUGAUUAAUCUGGGUCCUCAUCUGGAUUUUCAGAGAUAUAUGAUCUUACGCUUGCGCUGUGGGAUUUGGAUCCGUAACUACAAUGUGUCUUCGAUUAUCAUUUGUCAGGCUACUUGAAAUGUGGCGAAGUUCGUUCGAAGCGCACCAAAAUAAACUUGCAGAUAAUGUGUUUUGUCGGUCUUUUCAGGACCUUGCAUCUUCUUUUGUGGGCACUUGCGAACGAAUUGGUUCAAUUGCCUACCUUCACGUUGCCGUGUGCAUUGUUGGCUAAUGGUUCACCUCGUUUGCAGAUGGCUUAGCGAUCAGCUGCUUUGUAGACAAGUCAAUAAUAAACGGGUACUGAGCGAAAAAAUCAAUCCCCACGAGAUAGCCAAUGUCACCUAUCUUGUCACUCUGAGUUUUCUCGUGUCAUAUCCCUUACUCGAUGACGUUGUGUUGUUUGAUUGUCUCAAUGUUGUUGGCAUCUCAAUUGCGAUAGCGAUCUUGCAAUGGAAAACCUUGACUGAUAAAGGUUAUUUGUGAUCCCUGAACUGCUCGUUCGUUAUAAUCGUCAGCAUUUCUAAAGCUGCCCCCUUUACCCCAAUACCCAUCUCUUUUCAGUGGCCUGUUGUUACUGUGUUCGUCCGGUUUGUUUUAUUUUGUUUGAGGCUGCUGAUGUGUUUUUCUCUUGUUCAGUGAAUUGUGUUUUACAGCGCAUUCGUCUCUCACGUAACGCCAUUCUAGUUUUUCAUAUCUACCCAUUGGUAGAGAUAGUUUAUCAUUGCCUCGGCGAGUAUUGCGUUGCUUGAAUUAUGACGAUGUCUCUCUUUGGCAACUGCUCCAAGAAAGACGCUCCGUUUGCUUGCGAGUUUCUUGCUUAUCGUCUCAUCUCUUUCUUUUCACAGCGCUUUGCGACAAAUUACUGAGCCCACUCUGACACGUUCUGAGGGGCGCAUUGUGGUCCCGUUACCUAUGAUCAUUAGUCAGCGAUGCUGUUGCAUUUCCCUCCCAUUUGUCUAAACCCAUCUUACUGAUGACCCCUUACCGUCCAGAUUUUAUUGACCUUACUCUGAACUUGCUCUGAGCUCGCCUUGUUUACUAGUUGCUUUGUUCACCCAGCUUGUUGACUGGGCCACUGGCCAUUGGCAGUGGUUUCUGUUUGCUUGCUCGCAUGAGAUCACCCACUGUUGCCCGUUGCUGGCUUUGCUGGUGCCGACCGAGGCCGUCUUUUUGACGGCUCUUCGUUGUUUUCUCUCUAUUCCGGUCGGCCCAGCGCUAGGCAGCAGUGAUGGAGGACGAGCUUCAAGCUGGCGAGGACGGUUUCUACUGCGUGGGCUUCAAAAACGUGUUUGCGCUGAACGAGUCGCAGAUCAUGAGCACGUUCUCGCAGUACGGCAACGUGCAGUCGGUGCGCGGUGCCAAGGACGGCAUUGACAACCGCCGCUGGACGUUCGUGCGCUUCUGCAACCCCGAGGAGGCGGUGCGCGCCAUCACGGGCAUGCGCGCGUCACCGCACCUGUGCAAUGUCAACUACGUUAAGUACGUGGCGGACGCGCGGCCUAAGAGCGAGCGCCUGCAGACGGGCGGGACCACGCGGCCGGCGGCCGGCAGCGGCGUGUCGCCGAUGGUGCGCGGCGACCAGCCGGCGGUGCCGGAGCGCUCGCCGGCGCGGCCGCCCGCCGCCGGCGCCUCGGGCAAGUACGAGGUGUAUGUGGGCAACUGGCCGCUCUCGCUGGAAGAGGACGAUCUGUACGGGCUGUUCGCCAAGUUCAACAUCAAGGCGCUGUCAGUGCGCCUGUACAAGAAGGAGGAGCGCGGUUUCGCCUUCGUAGUGGUGCCCUCGGCCGAGGAUGUGACGCGGGCCAUCGAGCAGCUCAACAGGGGCAAGGUGGCCGGCCGCCAGAUCGUCGUCAAGGACUCGCGUCACAGCAGUUCCGCAAACAAACAUCAGACCCAGUCGAACCAGAAUGCCCAGGAGCCGCGGAAGCAGCAACAGCGGCGGCAGCAACAGGAGCGGUCUCAGAGUCAGCAGCGGCAGCCUCAGAACCAACAGCACCAGCCGCAGAACCAACGUCAGCAGUCGCAGCCGCAGCAGCAGCGGCAGUCGCGCCAGCCCCGGCCGCAGCAGCAGGCGGCGGCGCCCGCCGGCCGGCCCCAGUCCGCUGGCCGGCCUCAGGGUAGCGUGCGCCAGCGUCUGGGCGGCUCCGUGCACCGGUCCGGGGAGCGCGCGCCGCCCGACGCCGCGCAGAUGCCUCCGCUAGUGCUGCCGCCGCCGGAACAGCCGGCCAUGCCACCGCGCCCGGCAGCGUACCGGCCGCCAGUGGGCGCCAACGGAGCGGCCCCGCCGGCACAGUACAACGGAACGGCCGGCCGACCGCCGCGCCCAGACAUCCGCUUCGACCGAGAGCCGGCCGGCUACGAUCGUUCACCGGCUCGGUACGACCGUGACCCGGCUCGGUACGACCGCGAUCCGGCUCGCUACGACCGUGAACCGCCGGUGGACCACUUUGAGUCCGAGUUUGAGCCGCCGAGGCCGAGGGCAGGGCCGUACGGCGGUCCGCCGCGACCGGCGCCGACUAGGUCGGCGCAGCCUGGUCCGCCCCCGCUGGCUGGCCUCGGGUCGCGACGCAGCUAUAACCAACGGGCCGAUGCGGAGGUGGACUACUCGGAGCCGUUCGUGAAGCGGGCCCGGUACGGCGAGCCGGAGCCGGCCGGGCCGAUGCGCACGCCGUCCGCCCCGCCUCCGCUGGCCUGUCCCGUGGGCCCGUCGCCGCGCAUUUCCAUGCAGCCGCAGCGUGGAGGCGACAUGGGCCCUCCGCCGAUGGCGCUCCGCUCCGCAGUGGCCAUCUCAGAGCGCAUCAAGAGCCGCCUGCACGCGCCCAUGGACGUGGUGGCGGCCAACUUCCCGGCAGGAACCAACGAGCACGACCUGAUGCAGCUGUUUGACCGGUUCGAGCCGCUGAAUGUGCGCAUCAUGGUCAACAACUCGAGCCCGCACCCAGACGACUUCACGUACGCGUACGUCACGCUGUCCAGCCGGAUGAUGGCCGACGAAGCCGUAAUGGAAAUGGACGGCAUGGCUUUCCACGGCCGGCCGCUGGUCGUCGAGACGCGCAAAAACUAGCGGCCGCGCCGUGCACUGAGCGGGCAUACAGACGCGACCUGAUCUCGGCCCCCCUGCCGGGACGGACCCCGGCCUUGUGCGGUCAGAAUGGGGCGGACACAGCCCAGCGGCGGCGACAAACGCCGCCAGAUAGCGCAGAGGAUCGAGCGACAUCGUAGCAUUUUCAUCGGUUUUGUGCGUUUUACACAACCACUCAUCAUUGACCAGACCUGACCGCGUUGUUAGCAGUAGUAGACAGUUAAGUUUCAGUGGAUCUGUGCGGCCCGUAAGAGGCCAGCUGUUAGCGCGGAAAUUUCGACAAGUGCAUGCUGGUUUGGUCUGCUGAGCCAGACCGAUUUCGCACUUAAUGACAAAUACAUUUCCGAUGAAA